UUGCAGCUCUCUCUGUUUUCCACAUUCUGUGCUUCUCCUCUCUCUGUGUCUGUAGAUAGUCGAGAAAGAAAGGAAACAAAAGAAGAAAAGAGAGAGAAUUUAUGUUUGAUUUUUGGGUUUUUGUUUGAAAUUGAUAAAAAUAAUCAAAAUAUAAUAAUAACAAGAAGAUGGGGUGUUUUCGCUGCUCUGGACGAUCAAGCAAACGAUCAGAGAGAAGCAACAAUAAUAGCAUUAAACGCAACGAUCAAACACGAACCACUUCAGGGUCAUUGAAAGUAAAGCCAUUUGCAAAUGUAAAGGAAGAGGGUACUUCUAAUGAUGAUCAAUUAUCUUUAGAUGUAAAGAAUUUAAAUUUGGUAGAUGAGGUUUCUAAGAAUGUGAGAAAUAAUGGGAAACUCGCCCAGACCUUUACUUUUGAGGAACUUGCAGCCGCAACAGGCAAUUUCCAGUCAGAUUGUUUCUUGGGUGAAGGAGGUUUUGGCAAAGUUUACAAGGGGCAUUUGGAUAAAAUCAAUCAGGUUGUUGCUAUUAAGCAACUUGAUCGAAAUGGCGUUCAAGGGACUAGGGAGUUUGUAAUUGAAGUAUUGACAUUAAGUCUAGCAGAUCAUCCCAAUCUUGUCAAGUUGAUUGGAUAUUGUGCCGAGGGUGAUCAGAGGCUAUUGGUGUAUGAGUACAUGCCAUUAGGAUCCCUAGAAAACCAUUUGCAUGAUCUUCCGCGUAAUAGGCAACCACUUGAUUGGAACACAAGAAUGAAAAUAGCUGCUGUUGCUGCUAAGGGUUUAGAGUACUUGCACGAAAAAAUGAAGCCACCAGUUAUAUAUCGUGAUCUGAAAUGCUCGAACAUUUUGCUUGGUGAGGGCUAUCAUCCAAAGCUAUCUGAUUUUGGCCUGGCCAAAGUGGGACCCAGUGGGGAUAAGACCCAUGUUUCUACAAGGGUUAUGGGCACAUAUGGAUAUUGUGCACCAGACUAUGCAAUGACAGGUCAAUUGACGUUUAAAUCAGAUAUUUAUAGCUUUGGGGUGGUUCUUUUGGAGCUCAUCACAGGCAGGAAAGCAAUUGAUCAAAAAAGGGAUCAUGGAGAGCAGAAUCUGGUUGCUUGGGCACGACCUAUGUUCAAAGACCGGAGAAACUUUUCACGCAUGGUCGACCCUUUACUUAAAGGUCAAUAUCCUGUGAGAGGAUUGUACCAAGCUCUUGCGAUUGCUGCAAUGUGUGUUCAGGAGCAGCCUAAUAUGCGGCCGAAUGUAUCGGAUGUGGUCAUGGCUCUAAAUUAUCUGGCUAGCCAAAAAUAUGAUCCCCAAAUCGAUCCAGUGCAAGGCUCUCAUAAGACUCCAUCUCGACACGGACCAAAGAAAGAUAAUGACAGAAGUGCAGGCAACGUUUCUCCAGAGUCAAAUGGUGACAGCUAAAAAUGAAUGGUUGAUAGCUCUUUGUAGUGUUUAUAUAUAGCAGGUUGGGGUAUCAGAUUAUCAAGGAGAUACCUCUCAUACAGGAAAUUUCUGCCCCUUUUUUUUUCCCUUUUGGUGUAAAUGUGAGCUGGGAUUCUUGUAUCUCUGUAGGAUCCAUUUCGUAAUUUAAUAGACUAGCCUUGAAUUUUUUU